UCCAACUGUGGUGUCACGCACAUCAACCUCAAAUACAACAAGAUCGGAGCCGCGGGGGCCAAGGCACUCGCAGAUGGGCUGAAGUCCAACCGAACCGUCACCCACGUCAAUCUUGAAUACGACAAUAUCGGAGACGCGGGUGCCGAGGCACUCGCAGAUGGGCUGAAAUCCAACCGAACCGUCACCCACGUCAAUCUUAAAUACACCAAUAUCGGAGACGCGGGUGCACUGGCAGACGCCCUGAAGUCCAACUGUGGUGUCACGCACAUCAACCUCAAAGAGAACUACAUCGGAGACGCGGGGGCCAAGGCACUCGCAGAUGCGCUGAAAUCCAACCGAACCGUCACCGACAUCAACCUCGGUGACACCAAGAUCGGAGACGCGGGUGCCGAGGCCCUCGCACAUAUGCUGACCUCCAACAGUACCGUCACGCACGUCAAUCUUGAAGACAACGAUAUCGGAGACAAGGGUGCCGAGGCGCUCGCAGAUAUGCUGACGUCCAACAAUACCGUGACCCGCGUCAACCUCGAAGCCAACAUCGCCAAGGAAAUGCACCACUGCUGCCGCGACUGCUGGCCUGUUUCACUGACGAGAAGACGUAAGAGUUGUUACAAAGACCCCCGCCUUGUAAUGUUUUGA